UUCUGAUGAAAUCCUCUCCUGAAAAGUGGGCUAAUGAGUCGACCGACCGUACAAGGAAACGCAACCAUGAUUAUGAAAAACUGAGAAGUAUCGCGCUGAAUUAUUAUAACGAGCUUAUCUAUUUAGUUGAUAUCUAUUGAAGAUUAUAUUUGUCUUACGGUCUCAUUCGAUUAGGUUAUUGUAGUGAAUUGUUGAGCUUCGUUCGUUGAAGUCUCUUUGAUCAAGGUUUGCAACUGCGCUUUCGCCAGCUUGCUACGUGCGGGAAUCUAACCAGCUUUUUCUCCAUUCAAGACCAAAAUGGCUUGCAUAUCAUCGUUUGACCAGAAUUUCUCCCUCGGUUAUGACUCGUCAAGGCUUUGCUCAUUUUCUACCUUCCCUACCCCUGUUUGUACGAAGCUUACCGCGCGAAAUAAGUCUAACCACCACUCUCAGGAAAAUGUCUCCUAGUGCCACGGACAACAUGGACGAUGCUAUUCGCUUGAACAGGAGUUAACCGGUAUGCUAUUGCUAGCCUUUCGGUGUAAGAAGAUGGAUAAGGUACAACAGUAAUGGAUGUUUCACCUGCAACUAUGGACAGUGCUCUGGAGUGCACACCAAGUUAUUAUCAGAUUUGUCACUAGUAACUUCCAGCGAAACGAACAGAUCUCAAAUCAAGAUUACGUUAGCUAGCCUGGUAACAGCUGUUAAAACUACAAUUAUUAGCACUAGCUAACUAACAAAUCGCCAACGUUAGUUCUUGUUUUCCUUUAUUGCCAGACUUUAGUUUGAUCGAAUUGAUCGGCAUAUUUACUUUUACACUCUAGUUGUUUAACACAUUAUUUAUUAAUAUAUUGUGAACUAUGUCAGCGUGUUAAAUUGUCCUGCACGUGUACGUUAGCUAACUAACCAAAACGCUUUAACGGACUUCCCAGCAGCAAUCUGUCAAGCGGUAUUCUUGAUCGAAACUUUACUAAUGUAUCUUGUAUAGUGACUAUUUGUUAGCCACAAGCCAGUAUUGAGAAUGUUUAGACACAUGAAUCGCGAGGAACAAUUUUCUGGUGUGCAGACGCAUCCAUCCACUCCCCCCGGGCAUGGAGUGGCCUCUCUCCAGCAACCAAACCAGGAGCGCUCGUGGAUGGGCAUGUUCUCCGUGGUUUCUAGGCCUGCCCUUUCAUUUCUGCAAAAAUAUAUACCAUGGCGCCCUAGGACUCCUGCCCUGCCUGACAAUGUGACAGGGUUGGUCAGUGGGGAUUUCAAACAAAACUUUGUAGAGGCAGAAAGUUCAUUUUUAGGACAACUUGACGAUGUCUUGUCUGGAACGCAACACCGUGCGCACCACCUAUCGUACCUGCAAUACCAGCAUGGUAGCCCUGGGCUAACAGCGUCAGAUAAUAGGACUCCGAGUUGGUUGACAGCAGAUUCUCUUUGCGAGUUAGGGAUUCAAAAUGCUGCUGAAAUGGACUUAAAUAUAAGGCAACAAACUCCGGUAGGAUACCUCGCAAUCGCGAGAGGUUUUCUCAGUAAUGUUUUGUUGAACGCAGCGUCGGCUCAGGAAAUGAAACGCACCGAGCAAGGGCAUGUCCUCAGCGGGGACAGUUGGUCAUCAGACGCGGUGUCAGCCAGAGAAAAUAGUACCGCUGGUAACUGGUGGGGUGGACUUUGGGGAACCGGUAGCGCUCAAGGGUGGCUGUCAAAAUUGUCGUGGAGCAAAGAGUGCACUGGGGCAAACAAUCAAAACAGCAACGGCCAUUGUUUUCAACCGGAGUGUGGUACAAAGGCUACCGUUACCAAGCCAACAUGGCUGUUGGUACAGUGCGAAGAUUGCGAAAGCACUGGACCCUCCUGCCACAAAGAGGAGCCAACGGACAAUGGAAUCCUUCAGACGGCCACCUGGCCAGAAGCUCUCCCUUGCCCUGACAGUCUCUCAUUAGAUCACCAGGAAACAGUCAGUAUCAGUGAUAAUCUUGUCAGUGUUGGAGCUGUCACUGCCUGCAGUGAGGUGGCAGUUCUGACCCCUGACCAGGAUAAUGGCUAUUCCAGUCUGGAAGAAGAACACUCCACCUCCAGACUGUACAUGUUGAGGCCUCACAUUGAAGAGCUACAGGGGAUCACAGAGAUGAAGGAAGAGACCAUCACGCCUGACACACCAACACAGGGGAGAUCUGAAGAGAGCGGGCCAGAGAGGGAGGCAUCCAAGCAGAGAGAAGGUGGUGAGACUGCUGCCAGUGGAGGGAUGGAAUUAGAGGAGGAAGAAGUUGAGGACUCCGACAUCUCAGACUCCGAGGAAGAGGAAACGGCGGCUGAGGAUCCAUCAGUGUCUGCCGCCGCUCUGCCCCCCUCCACCCCCCAGUGCAGUAACAAGGCCAUCGCCUACAUCAUGGGCAGCCCCUUCAGCGACGACAGCCAAUCAGACGACUCAUUCAGCGAGGAGGAUGACGAUGGUUUCGACAGUGAGGGCUCGUCAGACUUCUCAAAUUCCGAGGUGUUGGAUGAUGAUGAUGAAGAGGAGGAUGACUCUGAGACUGAGAGACUUUGGAACUCACUGUGCCAAAGCAGGGACCCCUACAACCCCCGAAACUUCACCGCCCUCCUCAACACCACCCCCAGGACCACCCCCUCCACCUCUACAGCCACCACAGACUGCUCCCCUCACACCUCACCCCCAGAGCAACCCCCCUCUCCCCUCUCUUUUUCUUCCCCCUCUCCUGCGGAGGGGUUUGACUCUGAGUCCAGCAGCAGUGAGGUGGAUGAGGCUGAGAGCCUGAGGCUGUGGGACUCCUUCAGCAACACCUCAGACCCCUACAGCCCCUUCAACUUUCAGGCCCUGCUCAGGACUAGAGAGCCAGCCGGGACCGGGGAAAAAGCAGGGACAGGGGCGCGCUGUAAGAGGAGCAGCAAGACAACCCCCCGUCAUGGACAGGGCCAGGGACAGAGCCACUCACCCCCCCAGUACAGGAAGGAGGAGGCAGAGGAGAGACUAGACAGUGGCUUCUCAGAGACCCUUCCCACCCCAGAGAUCACCACCACAGGCUGCGUCACAGUCAAAAAGGUGGGUUUCCGUGACGAGGUGGAUGAGUUCUACGCCAGCGAGGACGAUGAGGACCGGCGUGGGCCAUGGGAGGAGCUAGCCAGAGACCGCUGUCGCUUCCUCCGCCGUGUUCAGGAGGUGGAGGAGAGCAUUGGCUACAUCUUCAGCCCCACCUUCCGCCUCACAGUCUACCAGAGACUACAGCACCACAGCUGAUCCUAACCUCUGACCCCUACAACACAACUGAUCAUAAGUCCUGUUUCUCUGUGACCCUCUAACACCCCUCCCAGUCCCUAAAUCCUAUUUUCAACAGACUGCAUCAGAACUUCUUAGUCAUGCUUCACCCCCUUCUCCCCUUCCCUGUCAUCCCCCACACACUGACCCCCAAACUCCCAAUUCUUCAGACUGGACGUGUAGAAAAGACUACAUCCGAGCUGUUGACUAGACCAGUGGUUUACAGACUGUGGGUCGGGACCAGGUGGGUUGCUUGUGCAUUACAACAAAACGCGUUCAGUGUAAACUUACACAACUAAAACUAAAUAGAGGGUGCGUAGAAAAGAUAAUGGAUAUAUAUACAUGACAUGACAUGAUUACCCCUGGACUAGACUACAUCCCCUCACACCUCCCACCCUUACCCCUUACCAGGGUGUUGAAGACUUGAUAAUACAGACUUCCUCCCUCUCUUCCCACCCUCUUCCUGAUCGUUUGCUGUUUUGUUUGAAUCUCAGUGGAGUGAUUACCUAAUUUAGGAUAUGAAUAAGGGUGACGGCAUAUUGCUAACUAGGUGGUGUACUGGUAAUGUAAAGGUAGAAGGGCUUACUGUUUCCAGUGGGAAAAACCCAGUCUAACACAGAUCAGGUAUUCUGCUGAGCCGUGUGCUCAGUAACCUGAAUGGAAAACAGAACUCUACACAAGACACUUCAGCCAAAACUGUCUUUAUAUUUCGUUUAAUUAUUUUGUCCUGUUGAUUUAAACUGCACUUUUGGCGUUGCGCCGUCCUUCUCUCUGACACAUGCUAUCUGGGUCUCUGCUCUCGGUAGUGUUCUCAGUUUCAUGUCGUGUUGAUCUGAACCCAGGCAUGGUCAGUAUUUAAGAGGUUCAGUAUAAUCCCAUUCAGCACCUACAGCCAAAUGUCACACUGCUCUCGAGCUGGAUCGGGUUUAAGAGCUUUUGGAAAGCAAACUUUGUUUGAAAUUAGUUCAUUUGUAGAAAAUAAAAAUAAAUGUACAUCUUCUUGUAAACCAUGACAUGCAGAGUACACACUAACAUUGACAGUGUUUUAUUUGAUUUGAUCCUAAGCAGGGGUUGUAAACCUACAGUAUGAUGUGUUAAACAACCCUCUAAACUGUAUUGGUGGUAAAGUGUUGAAACCAAGCCUGUUUGUGUUGUUGGUGUAGUGUCUUCCUGGUUUAAAUCAUUAGCAGGACUAAGUUCGGGAAACCCUGAUUUAGCAGACGCUCUUAUCGAGAACGACUUACAGGUAUUUAUAGCCAAACAAGCAGGUAUUCAUAGCUAACAGUCAGUAGUGAUCCUCUCUGACUAUUUCUGGGCUGAAGUGAAGGCUAAGGGUUAAGUGAAAGUAUUUGCAUGAUCCUUGUCUUAAGUGGCCUCCUUUCCUCGUCUACUUCCCUCACUGUGGUUCCUAUAAUAAACUAUUGCUUUAAUCUAUCUACAAUUUGCACCAAUAGGCCUCCUUCAAUAAUGCUUUCGCAAAUGUAAAGCUUGCAUCCAUCAGCGGUCAUCUUGGAAAGGAGAUGUGUAAUUUAUAAUAGAUUAAGUGCUUUUCAUGAGACCCAAAGUCGCUGAAGUUAUAAACCUCCUAUCCCUGCUAUUUAACCCUGUCACGCCUGUACAGACCCAGUGUUGUGUAUCUGUUGUUGAGGGGUUUGUGUUCCUGCUGUGGAUAAAGGAUUAACCUGUGUUGUGACCAGGUGGAAAGAAAGCAGGGAUGUGAAACGGACAUUAUUCUGAAGCGAUUCUCAGAAUGAAAAAAUAAGAUAUGAAAGCUGUGCUUGGAUAUGAAGAAUAUAACUAUUUAACUUGGUGUUAUUUUAGUCAGUGCAAUUAACAUGAAAUUGUUUUAUUUUUGUAAAACAUUUUAGGAUGAGUUAGUUCUGCAUAACUGUUAUACAUUUUGAAUUCAUAUUCAUUGAAAAUAAAUCAAUAUUGAAUUA